AUGUUAUCUAAAAAUAGUGAUUUAAAAAAAGAGGAGAAAGUGCACGAAAUAUGGGAGGUUUUGGAAAAGUUUGGGAGGUACCAAGCGAUGCAGUACACGUUUAUGUGCGUGCCCACCCUCUUCAUCACUAUGGCGAAUAUAAACUACAUAUUUGUUGUGGGCGACGUCGGUCACAGAUGUCGAGUCCCAGAAUGCGAGGGUCCUCUAGACGUGUUCAGUCCUGCCUGGUGGCCCAACCAGACCAUAGACCGGUGUUCGAGGCCGAUCCCAAGCAACUACACUGGCGGGGUUUGCUCUCCAGAACACUUUCAUGGAGAAGUAGAACCCUGCUCGCGUUGGGUGUACGAGAAUCAGGACAGCGUGGUGUCUUAUCUCGACCUAGCCUGCCAGCCCUGGAAAAUAAACAUGGUGGGCACCAUCCACAACCUGGGAAUGUUGUUCGCCAUGCUCGUCACUGGUUGGCUCGCUGAUAGAUUCGGGCGCAAGUUCACAUCAAUAUUUUGCUUGACAGCGUGCUUUGUUGGCAUCUUCAAGAUCUUCGCCUCAUCGUACCCUGUGUAUCUGACUUUAGAGUUUGUGGAAGCUUUGCUGAGCGGAGGCAGCUACUCCGUCGGAACGAUUAUAAUGCUAGAAAUAGCCGGGAGAAGGCACCGAAUACUUUCUGGAGUAGUAUUUGCGUAUGCAAUUUACAUGGGAGAGACGUGUUUCGCGACAUUAGCGAUGUUCGUGCCCAAUUGGAAGACUCUGAUCGAAGUAGUGUACGGACCCUGCAUGCUGUUUCUGAUCCUGAUCUUUUAUCUAGACGAGAGUCCGCGGUGGCUAAUCCUGAACGGAAAGACUGAUCAAGCGAUACACAACUUAAAGAUGAUCGCGAAAACAAAUGAUAUAAAAAUUAACGAGCAAGAUCUCUGCAACGUAGACGAUAAGAAAUUGAAGCAGAUGUUUGAUAUCCAGAACUAUGAAACAAGGGAAGGGCUCCUAGAAGUGUUUAAGUCUAAGGAGAUGAUGAAGCGUUUACUGGUCGGUUAUAUGGUGAGAUUCACGUCUAGCUUCGUGUACUACGGGCUCAUGAUCAACUCAGUGUAUCUGCCGGGGAACAAGUACACCAACUUUCUGCUGGCCACGGUGAUGUCCAGAGGCGGGGCAAGACCUAAAUUUGAUGUGGGCAAGACAGAUUUCGCGAGGCCUUGUUCUGUGGCGACUAGGGCUUGA